CAUUUAUGUCAAAAAGGAGAAAAUGAAUAAUUUAAUUGAUGAAGAACAGCAUUCAUUGAAAUGAAAUAACCAGGCUUUGAUCACAACACAGGAAACUACCACGGCGAAUGCACUGUUUUUUCACUUUACCCCAUUCAUCCUCUAUACACUCCCUCCCCCACCGGCACCGGCAAGUCGCCGUCGGCGGACAUUCUAAAACCCUUCUAGUUUUUAUAUCAAACAUUGCUAUAAAUGAUUCGAUAACGAUUGCUUCACUCACAGAUCUAAUUCAGAAACGCAAUUACUCUGGAGCGAUUUCUCAAUUAACUAAUGGCUGCACAGAAUCAGACUCCGAAUAUGGAUCAAUUCGACGCCUAUUUUAGGCGAGCUGAUUUGGAUCAGGAUGGUCGAAUCAGUGGCCCUGAGGCCGUUGCCUUUCUCAAAGGCUCAAAUUUGCCUCAACCAGUCCUCGCUCAGGUCCCAGUGCAGAGUUCUGCUGCAAAUCCUAGUGCAGGUAGAAAUUCUCUUCCUGGUCAACCUCAGCUUCCGUGGCCAAGGAUUACACAGUCUGAUUAUCAAAAGUAUAGCAAAGUAUUUAUGGCAGUGGACACAGAUAGGGAUGGAAAAAUUACUGGCUCAGAGGCACUGAGCUUGUUUCUAAGUUGGAAGCUGCCCCGAGAGGUCUUAAAACAGGUGUGGGAUUUAUCAGAUCAAGAUAAUGACAGCAUGCUUUCUUUGAGGGAAUUCUGCAUUGCACUCUACCUGAUGGAGCGACACAGGGAAGGUCGCUCUCUUCCUUCAGUUCUUCCAGCUAAUCUUAUUUUUGACGAGUCACCAUUGCUUGCUUCUGGCCAGCCUACAGGAUCACAUGGUGCGGCAGCUUGGAGAGACACACCAGGUCAUAACUUUGACAAAUUUCCAGAUCUGUGUUGCAAUAGAUGCCGGAGUAACAGUGGCAUGGCGGAGGCAUUGGCCAUUGCAGUAGGAAAAUACACAUACAUACACGAAGUAGGUAAAGGCCCACCUGAAGCCAUUGACGCCCACCAUAUUGUGGUUCGAAGGAGUAGAGAAAAGGGUUUCAAUUUAUGCCUCUUUACUCUUCUCCUUUUUGCCUAUCCCACCUUUCUGUUAUUCCGGCAGGGAAAGCUAGAUACUCUUCAUAUUUGGAGCUUAGCUAUCAUGGCAUUGCUCAUGAGGUUAUUUCUAAAGAAGCCAGUUAAGAAAGAGUCUGUUCUAAUUCUGCCAGCUUUUGGAGUUCAACUAGAAACUCAGUAUGGAAGUGGGAAAACAGUUCGCCAGUUCGUCCCCAUUAGCAGGAUUUUGAAACCAGUGCUGACAGAAUGUGUCACACCAGUCACCUGUUAUUGGAGUCUAUCUUUGAUUAUUCGAGGAGAGGAAGAACUUAUGCUAGUUUUCAAGGAAUUGCGUCCACCAGUGAAAAUGUUAGCGCCCAUUUGGAAGGCUUUAUGUGCUGCCAUCGAAUGUGGAGAAUGCACGGAGGCGAUUACAUAGAUUGUAAUAGUAUAAUCUCAAUCGAUUCAAUUUCUAAUAUAAUUUUUUUUUCAGAAUUUGUAUUCUUUACAUUUAAAGUUGUAAAUGGCAUGAUAUAGGUCGCCAUAUUGUCAUCACACAUGCUUCCUGCAAAAGGCUAAAUCAAAUGAGGUGCUUACUGCAUUGGAACCACUUUUCAUACAGGAUACUUUCUUCUAGAAAUUUUAGUUUUCCUUUUCCAUUACCUUGUAAAUAAACCAGGUCCAGAUGCCAAAGCUCUAGUUCUAGUUCUUUUACAGAU